AUGCCAUCCCCUCUGGAAGAUGCAUGCGCAUCAACCGGGGUAUCCCCAGCCACAAUCCGCGAAGCGUCCGAAAGAAUCCGCCCCCAUGCCCACGUAACCCCAAUCCUAACGAGCUCCCUCAUCGAUGCCUGGUUGUGCGGCAGCUCUCCCGCAUUAACAAAUUUCUUUUUCAAGGCAGAAUGCUUCCAAAAAACCGGCUCCUUCAAAUUCCGCGGGGCACUCAACGCGGUUGGCCAACUGCAACAAUCCACAUCCACGCGCGGCAAGCCCGUUGUCACCCACUCGUCAGGUAACCAUGCGCAGGCCCUCAGUGCCGCUGCUCAGGUGUAUGGUGUAGCCGCCCACGUCGUCAUCCCGCAGGACGCCAUUCCUGUGAAAUCUGAGGCGGCGCGUGCAUACGGAGGAACCAUCCAUGAAUGUGCCCCUGGCAUGGAUUCACGGAGGAGUGCGGCGGAGAAAGUGCUGCAUGACACUGGUGGUAUCCUUGUUCACCCAUUCCUGGACCCGAACGUCGUAUCAGGACAAGGCACAAUUGGAAUCGAAUUGAUACAGCAGGUCAAGGACCUCAACGCCAUUGUUGUGCCUGUAGGUGGUGGCGGGCUCAUAUCUGGGAUUACAAUUGCUGUGAAGAGUGCUUGUCCUCAUGUCAAGAUAAUUGGAGCCGAAGCAGCGUUGUCAAACGCCGCGUCAAGGAGUCUUGCAGCUGGAAAGCGCAUAGAGUUUUACAAUCCAUCCACUAUCGCUGACGGGAUAAGGGCCGGUAUAGGUGAGCUCGGUUGGGAAGUCCUCGGGAGAAUGGUAGAAGAGGUCGUAUCUGUACAGGAGCCAGAGAUUGAAGAUACCAUGAAGACUUUUAUGGAGCGCAUGAAAGUCGUGAUUGAGCCCAGUGCUGCUGUUGCUGUUGCGGCUUGUAAGACAAAGCAGUUCCGAGAGAGAGGAUUUCGGAGGGUUGCUGUGGUGUUAUGCGGCGGGAACGUGGACUUGCAGGCUCUGCCAUGGAAUUGCAGGCGGUGACGCCUGAUGAUUGGAAUCUAUUCUUCGAAGAAGGCAUAUAUAUAUACUGAGGAUUUUUCCUUUGUCUCCCACACUGGUUGGCUGUCUAAAGUUUUGCUGUUCUGGACCCGUUUUU